AUGGUAAUGCCAAUGAAUAAAAAUACAAAUUGUUCUAAUGAAAUUAAUGAUCGAAAACGUAAACAAUCAAUAACAUCCGAAGAUGACAAUAGAGAAGAAGACGAUAGCAUUGAAGAAGAUACAUCAAAUAAAAAAUUUCGAUCGUACAAUAAUAACGAAGAAGAAGAUGACGAUGACAAUGACGAAUCAAAACAGUCACAAAUAGUCGAUGUAUUAGGAGACGAUCGGACUGGUGAAGAAUCAUCCAGUAAUGACGAUAGCAAUAGUGUUGGUAAUACUAGUGAUGGUGAUUUAUGUGCAUCAAGUUCAUGUUUGGCAGCAAUUAAUCUUCGAAAGAAUAAAAAACAACGUAAACCACGUACAGCAUUCACCGAUGCCCAAUUGAAUGCCUUGGAGAAAAGUUUUGAACGACAAAAAUAUUUAAGUGUACAAGAACGAUUAGAACUUGCAAAUCGUCUUCAUCUUUCUGAUACACAAGUUAAAACAUGGUAUCAAAAUCGAAGAACUAAAUGGAAACGACAAGCAUGUCUUGGUCUUGAAUUAUUUGCUGGUGCCACAUUACAACGUUGGAUUCAACGACAACCACAUUUACUUGCUGCUGCGGCUGCGGCUUAUCGAUCACCAGGAGAUAUGAAUAGUGCUAUGGGUCCAUUCGGUUCAGCUUUAUUGAGUGAAGCAAAAGCACUCGUAACAAACCCGCCAAAUACUCAUCUAUAUCCACCACCGUCUCUUACAUUACAUCGUCAAGAAUAA